AUGUUUCCUGUUAGACUAAACCGAGACGAUAGGACGACGAAGACAACAAAGAAAGGCUUGACCCGCCCAUCAACCAAGGGUCGUGACUCCGAUACGGCCCGUUCCUCCCUACGCCGCUCCUCCAUGCCAGGCCUCGACAGUCGGUCGGGCGCUGCCUCGUUCCUCGAAUCGAGGUCGAGUCUGCCGUAUCCCAACUUCUCCAAGGCUCACAGCAAGGAAGAUGUCCGCAAGGCCAAUAUCCCCACGCCAGACCCGACCGAUUUGACCGAACGCGAUGACGACAAGACGCACCACCGCACCGAGAACCACCAUGCGCCACCCAGUCCCCCACUAACGGGGCUCGACCAGGAAUCCUCGCGGAAGGGCAGUGUGGUCAACGACGACGAGAAGGAAGCGGAGAAGGCCAAGGCGAAGAAGACAAAUAUCAAAAUCCGGACGGAGGUCAACAGAUCCUCGUCAAGUCUGCGGUCGAAGAAGGAUGACACCGUCAGGUCCAAGUCCAGCAAGACGUCUCGAACAGAAACGCCUUCGAAGUCCAAAACGUCGACGUCCAAGGAAAAAGAUGAAAAGGAUUCUCUGCCUCGGUCGUCAAGCCACAAGUCCAAGACGAAGAGCUCCGACGAGAAGAAGCUGCCCAAACGCUCCAGCCGCUCCACGAUGUCCGCCUCACAGUCCAACCUAACAGUUCGUGAUAUCGACGCCGAGUCAGUCUCAGAUGCGACCUCCAUCGCCCCCAACCAACAGUACUCAGCCCCGCGAAAGCCCUCGACUCCACCGACGAAACCGCCGUCUCGCACGCAGAACCGAUCGGCCAUGUCCCAUCGCCAUACCGCCAGCGACGAGUCGGUCGAUUAUGUGAAGCCAGUGAAUUCAGGCGCAUUCGGCGCACCCCCGCCGCCCCCACCUCCGCCGCAAAUGCCGGUCUCUAUCCCUCGAGUCGAUUACCUGCUGAAGAAUGGUGGACUGGAACACAAAGUGUCGAGAGCGCUACUUGCUAGCCUCGGUCAGUCUGAUCCGUUCUCGCAUGGUCAGACGCACUCUCAGCUGGUGGCUGGGAAAAUCUUCGACCCGUACAACCGUUUACUGGAUGAUUACCAGAAGGUGAUGAGCAAGAAUGGGUCUUUGGCUGUGGCUACGGGUUAUCGAUCUGUUGCUCGGCGGUUACUGGAUCGCCUUGAGGCUGUUUUCGCGCGCGAUAUCUCAUCUGAGCCGUGUAACUGCCAGAUCUGCGAAAGGGCGGGCACUGAGGAUCGACCUGACGGCGUGAGCUGGGGUGAGGUUCUGGAGCUUGUGUCUGGUCGCAGAGAACUCCCCAUGUGGCCCCCAUUCAUGAUGGCACCAGCUGCUGUGGAGACUGCGCCUGGCGACGAGCACAUCCCAAUGCAAAAAUUGGAUGUGGAUGUCCCAGAAGAGUACCGCGACCAUUUCAUACGACAAUCUAGAAAGACCAAAGUUGCUGUUGACAAGUGGUUGUCUGAACAGACUGACUCGGUGACAAGUGCGCCGCAAGAGGUCGAUGAUGAGACCUUGACCUUUGCCAUGCUCACACACCUCGAAUCUCACCAGCGCUCCGUGUUCUGUUCAUUGCUCGGUAUCAACUCCGCUACACCCGUGCCUCGAUCCGACGACGAAAAGCCACGCCCAAAACCCUCGGCACUUGUCUCGUCGGCGUCGGCCAUUCAACGUCUGUACAGACUGGCAUCUCUCCCGCGCGAUCCAGAAACCGCCAUGUAUAUGUUAAAUAACCCAAGCCUCCACCACAUCCUCGCAACUCUCUCCGCCAUUAGCGACGACGAAUGGGAAAUCCUCAUCUCCGGUCGCUUUGACGGCUUCCUCCGCAGCGGCGCAGAAGAUACCUCUGGCAAUCAAGGCCUUCGCGGUAGCGGCAGCCGCUCCAACACACCCCUGAACGGCGGUGGAAUCUCCAGAGGCCCAACACCAAACUACAUGGACGGCAGCUUCCGACCAUCCAGCCAAGCGAGCGGCGCGCCAACAUCACCCGCCUCAUUUGGCGGUCCCAUCGCACUCGACGAGGAAACCGAAAUCGCAGCCUUAGCAGAAGUCGAGCGUGACAUCUUCCUCGGCAUGGAAGCGCUAGAAGACGCCUUUGAAGCCCUCCACUGCAAAGCCGAAGUCGUGCGUCGCGCCCUCCGUGAACGAGGCGCCGGUCUCUCAGUCGCGAACCAAAGCCGUCGCGGCUCUACCGUCGAAGUACGCAUGGGAACACCCUUCUCUGGUGUUGGCACGUGGGAAAGCGGCGGUGAGGAUGACUUCUUCAUUGAUGACGAUCGCUCUCUUGCGCCAGACGACUCGGCUAGUAAUAUUAGCUCGAACCGUCGUCGUCGACCGAAGAGGCGUACUGAGCGGCGGACGCCUGCGCCUGUUGAGGAAGAGGAUGAGGAAGAUGACAUGGUCGGUCGUCGGGAUACGCGCAAUUCGCGCCGGAGGUAG